GCGCGGUCGCGGCUGGCGAGAGGCGAGGCGGCGGCGGCGGCGGCGGCGGCGGGAUGAGGCUGAGCGGGCUGUGCGUGAUGCUGCUCCUGCUGGGGCUCGCCCAGGUCGUGCUUCUGGCGCGGGGCGCGGCGGCCGAGGAGAACGGCGAUGACGAAUCUGUUAUAAAAGAAACUGAUGAUGACAGUGAUGAUGAUGGUGAUGAUGAUGAAGAUGACGAAGAUGAUGAUGAUUCUGAAGUUAAAGAAGAAAACGGUGUAUUAAUCUUGAAUGAUGCAAACUUUGACACCUUUACUGCAGACAAGGACACUGUGCUGCUGGAGUUCUAUGCACCUUGGUGUGGGCAUUGCAAGCAGUUUGCUCCUGAAUAUGAAAAGAUAGCCAAAACUCUCAAGGAAAAUGACCCUCCUAUUCCAGUUGCCAAAAUAGACGCUACUGCAGCCACUUCACUAGCAAGUCGUUUUGAUGUCAGUGGCUACCCAACCAUCAAGAUCCUGAAGAAAGGCCAGCCUGUUGACUAUGAUGGCUCUCGGACAGAAGAUGCAAUUGUGGCCAAAGUCAAGGAGGUUUCUGACCCCAGUUGGACCCCACCACCAGAAGCUACGCUGGUAUUGACCCAGGAUAAUUUUGACGAGGUUGUGAAUGAUGCUGACAUAAUCCUAGUGGAGUUCUAUGCUCCAUGGUGCGGGCACUGCAAAAGGCUUGCUCCAGAGUACGAGAAGGCUGCCCAGGAGCUCAGCAAGCGCACACCUCCCAUUCCCCUGGCUAAAGUCGAUGCCACUGCUGAAACUGAGCUCGCAAAGAAGUUUGAUGUUACUGGCUACCCAACCCUGAAAAUAUUCCGCAAGGGCAAAGCUUACGACUAUAGUGGUCCACGGGAAAAAUACGGUAUUGUUGACUACAUGAUUGAGCAGGCUGGGCCUCCAUCCAAACAGAUUCAGGCUGCCAAGCAGGUACAGGAAUUUCUGAAGGAUGGGGACGAUGUCAUCAUCAUUGGAGUCUUUAGUGGAGAGACUGACAAAGCCUAUCAGCUCUAUCAGGAAGCAGCUAAUGGCUUAAGAGAAGAUUACAAGUUCCAUCACACCUUUAGCAACGAGAUUGCAAAACUAUUGAAAGCAUCUCCAGGAACAGUGGUUGUCAUGCAGCCAGAAAAAUUUCAGUCAAAGCACGAGCCAAAGAUGCGUGUUUUGGAUCUUAAAGACUCUACAAAUGAAUCUGAGAUUAAAGAGCAUGUGAGAAAAUAUGCUUUGCCUCUAGUUGGCCAUCGCAAGCCUUCCAAUGACGCUAAAAGAUAUGCUAAACAUCCUCUGGUGGUUGUCUAUUACACUGUAGACUUCAGUUUUGACUAUCGUGUUGCUACCCAGUACUGGAGAGGCAAAGUCCUGGAAGUGGCAAAAGACUUCCCUGAAUAUGUGUUUGCUGUUUCUGAUGAGGAAGAUUAUUCUUCUGAAAUAAAAGACUUGGGCCUGCUUGAGAGUGGAGAGGAUGUCAAUGUGGCCAUCCUGGAUGAAGGUGGCAAGAAAUACGCCAUGGAGCCAGAAGAGUUUGACUCCGAUGUACUCAGGCAAUUUGUGAUGGCGUUCAAAAAAGGAAAACUGAAGCCUAUUGUGAAGUCCCAGCCAGUGCCAAAAAACAACAAAGGGCCUGUGAAAGUGGUAGUGGGUAAAACUUUUGAUACCAUAGUCAUGGAUCCAAAGAAUGAUGUUCUCAUAGAGUUCUAUGCCCCGUGGUGUGGCCACUGCAAGAAACUAGAGCCAGUGUACACCGAGCUAGGCAAAAAAUACAAGAAUGAGAAAAACCUGAUCAUAGCCAAGAUGGAUGCUACUGCCAACGACGUGACAAAUGACCACUACAAAGUGGAGGGAUUCCCCACUAUCUACUUUGCUCCGAAGGACAAGAAGAACAACCCUAUUAAAUUUGAAGGCGGGGACCGAGAUUUAGAGCAUCUGAGCAAAUUUAUAGAGGAGCAUGCCACAAAACUCUCCAGAACAAAAGAAGAGCUUUAGAUAAGAUGAGGGUGGUGAAGAAAAAUCGUUUGUACAUUGUAGUUAAAAGCAAGUUACUGACAAAACCUUGAGAAGAAUUAAGCAAGGAAAUUCUUGAGCAGUAAAGUAAUUACAGUAUCUUUUUUUAUAUGUCAGAAGAGUUUUUUUCUGGACACUGAACUCCUCUGAUAUGAAUGUCUUCCCUUAGUUACGGUUUUGAUCUUUGGAGAAAAAUACAUCCUUUAUUUUUUUGUGACUA